AUGAUACGUCGCAUUUUACCUUCCUAUAAACAUGUAAUAGUUCGCGGAAAACAAACAGCCGUACAAGAAUUAAGUAAUUUCCAAGAUUAUGAAGAGGACGAUGAAAUCGAUAGAGAGAGGAUUAUUGAAGAAAAAAGGAAUAAAUCCAGAUUGCUUCCUCAGCACAGGAACAUGGUGCUGGGGAAGGUUCCGUACCAAGAACCACAGUCGUGGAUACAUGAAACUGUUAAAUAUAAACGAAUGAUGUAUGGGAGGUACGGAAGCAGUAGUAAUGUUAAUCCAGCUCUAUGUUGGCCCGACAAAGUAGAUCUAGAAGAUACUCUCGAAUAUGAAAGAGUAAAGUACCCCGAAACAAUCCCUGAAAUGAUGAAGAAGGUUGCCGAAGAAAAAAAACAAAAAGCAGAAGCCAUGAGAGCACGUGAUGAAGAAAUCGCAAAGAAACUCUUAAAAUUACAAGAUGAGCGUAAAGAUAGGUUAGUAGAAGAGGUAAGAAGGCACUUUGGAUUCAAAUUAGAUCCCCGUGAUGAGAAGUUCCAAGAAAUGUUGGCACAGAAAGAAAAAGCUGAUAGGAAGCAGCAAAAGGAGCUGAGGAGACAAGCACGUGAAGCUAAAAUUGCAGCAAAUUUGCUAAACCAACAGAAUGCCUUUAAAGAAAAUGAGGAGGAAGAAAAAUAA